UCACAUGGGGCAGCCCGGAGUUAUCAACCAUUUGCGUAAACGCUGGAUUCAAGUGCUGAGUGGCGGUUAACAGUCUCUGGCGAUAGCAGCAAAACAAGAUAAGAACUACAGCGCUAGAUAUAUUGCCUUCUGUCUUCUAUGCUAUAUUGUCCUCGUCGGAUAUCAACAUGCAUCAGAGAACCUAACUUUUAUAGAGUUUCUCAUCAGAAUUCUGCGCAUUGCUCUUUUCAAAACGGAUAUCUUACAACGGUGUGAUGAAGCACUGAUAUUUUACACCAAAAGUAUUUUGUACCAACAUGUCUAAACCAAUGGAUCACGUAAAACGCCCGAUGAAUGCCUUCAUGGUUUGGUCCAGAGCGCAGAGAAGAAAAAUGGCUCAGGAGAACCCAAAAAUGCACAACUCCGAGAUCAGCAAGAGAUUGGGAGCGGAGUGGAAACUUCUCACCGAGUCAGAGAAAAGGCCAUUCAUUGACGAAGCUAAACGACUGAGAGCCAUGCACAUGAAGGAACACCCUGACUAUAAAUACAGACCUAGGCGGAAGCCAAAGACUCUGAUGAAAAAAGACAAGUUUGCCUUCCCAGUCCCCUACAAUCUUGGGGAGCACGACGCGCUUAAAGUUAGCGGUCUAUCUCAUGGAGCACUUCACGAGUCCCUAUUAGGGAACCCAGACAAGGCAGCAGCGGCAGCGGCGGCCGCAGCAGCGAGAGUCUUCUUCAACCCGUCCAUGACCACGAACCCCUAUUCAUUUUUUGACCUCGGGUCGAAGAUGUCAGAGCUUUCCUCGCCAUCGUUUCCUUACCCAUCUCUGGGGUACCCUGGUGGCACGGCUUUCUCUGGAACUGGCGGUGUUGGUGGAACACACACCCACACUCACUCUCAUCCAGCCCCGGGCAACCCAGGCUACAUGAUCCCCUGUAACUGUACGGGCUGGCCCUCUGCGGGUCUUCAGCCACCGCUAGCCUACAUCCUGCUGCCUGGCAUGGGCAAACCUCAACUUGACUACCCUGCAUAUGCAGCGGCAUUAUGAUAGGCUAUAUCGGAUUUAGGAGACGUUUAAAUGUGAA